AUGAUACCAAAAGCAAUCCUCAGUCACCCAAUAAUAGACUUCCUCGCAAAUCAUCCAAUACUCAAUGGACUUCUGAUACGGAUAAUUCUCGCAUGGUUCUUGCCUUGGCUCAUGGAUGGCAGUGAAGUUCCUUACACCGAUAUUGACUUUCAUGUCUUUACGGAUGCGGCCAGGUAUAUCUCCAUGGGGAAGUCGCCCUACGACCGACAUACCUAUCGAUACACUCCAUUUCUUGCUGCUUUCUUGUCAUAUAUACCCAAGGAAGCCGGGAGAUAUCUCUUUUGCAUUGCCGACACGAUUUGUGGUUGGAUCAUUCUACGGUUUCGAAAAUCACGGCGACCACCAUCUGAAAAUAGGAAUCGACUCACACAGUUGCAGGAUGGGAUCUGGUGGCUCUACAAUCCUUUGGCAAUCAACAUUUGUACAAGGGGGUCGGCAGAAAGUCUCAUGGUGCUAUUACCAGUUUUGCUGACCGUUCAAAUACUCAGCUACGAUGAAAAGUCAAUCGGUUGGAAGAGAGCUGUCUUGGCUGGUCUAUCACAUGGGGUGGCAAUACACUCCAAGCUAUAUCCAGUGAUAUAUACGUUGUCUUAUAUGGUUCACUUUGUUCAAAUCAACUGUGACAAUGUCGGUGCUGGAUUUCCUUGGUUCGAACCAAAACGACUGUUGCGGCUGGUGCAGCUUUGGAUUCGCCGACUGUUUACACCUAUUCCUCUACUCUUCUUAAUCACCUCACUUGCUACCUUUGGUGGACUCACAUGGUUGGGUGUAAGAAUAUAUGGCGAAGUCGCCUUGCAAGAAGGGUUGCUGUAUCAUUUUACCAGGGUGGAUCAUCGACACAACUACUCCAUGUACUGGUAUUGGAUCUAUCUGGCUUUGGCGAAAUCAGGAUCCAACUUGGGUCUCAUUAGCCGGAUGUUACUGCUACCUCAAAUAGUACUGCUAGUGUAUUCCAGUCUGGGAAUUGCUUCACGCAAUCUGGGCUUGGCUUUGUUUGUUCAAACAUAUCUAUUUGUGACACACAACAAAGUCAUUACGGCGCAAUAUUUUACAUGGUACCUCUGUUUGCUACCACUUUGCAGUGAUGCACUAGCAUUGACGCGAGAGGUUAUAUUUGCACUGGUUGGUCUACUACUUUCUAUUGGUAUGUGGUUGGGGUCCGCCUACUGCUUGGAGAUGCAAGGGAUGGCUGUCCAUCGAGUCGUCUGGUUUGCCUCUGUGGUGUAUUUCUUUGCCAAUGUCAACCUAAUGGGGGCGAUACUACGGUCCUACAACAUCAAGCAAGAAAGAAUAAAGGCUUCCAAAGCUGAUGGAAAGAAUGACUGA